GCCACUCCUGAGAGCGCAAGAGAAGACAAAAGUUACGGAUUUAGCUCUUCUCCUCAGAGAGGAAAAAGGCGAAAGGCAGCUAACUUUUUGUCAGGACUAUCAUCAUAUGAAAGACUUUCCAUGCGCAUUGGGGACAUUAUUUUGGGACAACAAAAAAGUUGUUUUUAUUUCAUUAUGAGUGUGGACCCACGGGCUUUGCACGAUGACCUCUUUUAGAAGCUUUGAUGGAAUAAACGGCGCACUGCAGGAGAGCAACGCUUACCAAGAAUACUGUGAUUUGCAAGUUUUAUGACUUUUUUUCAGCUGCUCGGUUGGGAUUGCUGUCGCUGGUCACUUUUUUACUGCUGAGUUUCUCGAUGGCGUAGGUGGCUGCAAGAGUUUGUAAAUCACCUUUCUGGACACGGAUUUGUUAUUUUUCAAGCAGAUUCAUCUGGAAUAUUUGCGUAAAACAAAUCGGAGUACUAAAAACCCAGUGAAAAGUCAUCGUCAUCACUUUGAGAGAGGGGAAAUGCGGAGCGAAAACGACGUCUAGAAGGAUGCUGCUGCUUGUACAAUGGAAGUGAAGAACUCUUUUGCUGUUGUUGCGGUGGUUUGUCUCUUCUUUUGCUCCAGUUUCAGCCAAGAACUUAACCCCAAAGGCAGGAAUGUAUGCAAAGUACCUGGAUCAUCAGGAUUUGUGUGCUGCAGUGGAUGGGGGCAGCUAGGGGAUGAAUGCCUGACACCUCUCUGCGAAGGCAACUUCACCUGCAAAGAAAAUGAGGUGUGUGUCAGGCCAAAUGAAUGUCGCUGUCGCCAUGGAUACUUUGGAGCUAGCUGUGACACUAAGUGCCCUGCCCAGUUCUGGGGCCCUGACUGCAAGGGGAAAUGUAAUUGUUACCCAAAUGGCCAGUGCGAUGACUUGACCGGCCAGUGUACCUGCAACCACAAUCGUUGGGGACCUAACUGCGAGAAUGCUUGCAUGUGCCAAAAGGGCAAAUGUGACCAAGACACGGGCAAAUGCACAUGCCAUCCUGGCGUCUGGGGUCCCCAGUGCAACAACAACUGCUACUGCAGCAUCAACUCCAUCUGUGAUGCAAUGACAGGACGAUGCAUGUGCAAUCCUGGCUGGACGGGGAGGAACUGUGCAAUCCAGUGUAACUGUAACAAUUCACCAUGCGACCAGUUCACGGGGCGCUGCCAGUGCCGGGAGAGACUGUGGGGCCCAAGGUGUGAACGCUACUGCCAGUGCAUCCACGGCAAGUGUAACCAAGCAGACGGCUCGUGUACCUGCACACCAGGGUACCGUGGGAAGUUCUGCAGGGAACCAUGUCCUGCUGGGUUCUACGGUCAAAACUGCAGAAACAGGUGUGGUCACUGCAAAGGCCAGCAGCCGUGUAAGGUGACAGAGGGUCGCUGCAUCACCUGUGACAGAGGCUGGAACGGUACACGCUGCGACCAGCUUUGCUCCAAAGGCUUCUUUGGCGAAAAUUGCCAGGAAGUGUGUCCCACCUGUAAAGAUGGUCACCACUGUGACCCCAUCCACGGCAAGUGCUCCCACUGUAACCCUGGCUGGAUUGGGGACAGGUGCGAGGUGCGCUGCCCCAACGGCACAUAUGGUGAGAACUGUGAGAACAACUGCAGUCACUGUUACAACGGCAUCUGUCAUGUUGUCACCGGAGAAUGCCUGUGUGACCCGGGAUUUUAUGGCACCUACUGCAAUAUGACCUGUCAACCUGGCCAGUAUGGAGUGAACUGCAACCAAACCUGCUCUUGCAACGACAAGAACUGCGACCCAGUCUCUGGUGCAUGCUAUCUCCAGCCCAACCAGCGGAUGGGUGUGAUUGCGGCUGGAACCCUGGUCUCCUUUUUACUGAUCGUCCUGCUCUCGCUGCUGUGCUGCUGCUGCCUGUGUCGACACAAAGACGACCACAACAAAAAAGCCAAGCGGAUCCUGUGUGGACGAUUCAGCCGAAUCAGCACUAAACUUCCCCGUAUUCCACUGAGGCGACAGAAACUGCCCAAAGUAGUUGUAGCCCACCACGACCCAGAGAACACCUUCAACUGCAGCUUCAUCGAGCCCCCCUCUGUGGCCGAGCAGCCCUCCCCGUCCUCCUGGUCAUCCCAGGAGUCUUUCUCUUCCUUUGAGAGCGGAGACGAGGGGCCAGUUUACUGUGUGCCCCACGAAGAAUCUGUGAACGAGAGCAAAGAGAAGCGCAGCCCGAGCCCAGCAACAGAGAAGCCAGACGCUGUGCCCAAUGAGGAUGAUGCAGGGGAGUACACCUCACUGAAAGACACUAGCAUCGCCAAAGCAGAAGGCAGCGAGCAGCCCCUGCUCAAGUCCUCUGACAGUGAAGGCUCCACCAGUGGCUCUGAGUCCACCACUGCAGCCCUGUACGCCCGCAUCGCACGCCUCUCCAAGCAGUCAAAGGAGGACGAUGGCAGCGGCAAGGAUGGAGAUGGCACUCCUACACCAGAAGCUAAGCGCAAUGGAAAGCCACCACCUUCACCUGGCAAGCCCAAACCACGUCCACCAGACCCCUCCACUAAGCCUAAAGUGUCGUGGAUACAUGGAAAUACUACAGGGUCUCCUCAACCAGAGCAGCAGGGGCUUGGAGGAAUGAAGGCACUCGCUGUGCCAAAGGAGAAAAAGAGGAGCUCCAGCGAUGGCUCAGCCAGGAGCGAGGAGCGACAGAAAAUGAAGGAGAGGAGCCGUGAGCAACAGAAGAAACAAGAGGGAAAGGAGGCAGACGCCAAUGGCUCCCCCAGCAAACACAAACCUCUGCGAGGUAAGAAGUCUGGGGAUGAGCACAGCAGUCCCAGUCACAUGGAGCACAUCAACGGCGUGGUUCAGAAUGCCCUCAAAAAGAUAAGCAGCUUCCACAGCUCUUCAUCUGAGAAGAAGAGUGCUGACACUCCAAAGGAGACCCCCAAGGAGCCACCCAAGAGCCCCAAGGUCAUCCACCCCCAUAUGAACUCUGAGGCUGCCACGCUCCUGGCCGCUCAGCUCAAGGAGAAAACUCAAAGUAUCAACAGGAAUGAGGGGACAGGUCUGACAAAGACCAAUGGUCUAUCCACACCCAAGGGAAACCGGGAGAAGCCAACACCUCCUCAAAAAGCCAAGAGGACCCCCUCCAGUGGAAUGGGCCAGCAGGGCUCCACCAAGCCCCUGCUGCCCACCUCCAGCAGCCUCCAGAAGAUGGUGGCACCCGUCGCCACCGACCUCGGGGCCCCUGAAGCCAAGAGCCCGGAGAAGCAGGACUUGAACGGCUCAAGGGCAGGGGACCCGAUGUUGGAUGCUACACCAAAGAAGACUCCAAUUAAAAAGCCGCCAAGGAAGAAAGGCAAGGAGGGUACUUUGGAGACAUCGGAAAGUAAAACACCCCAGCAAAAGACAGCCAUAAUGCCACCACAGGUAGUGAAAUAAGUGUUUUUUGAAGACAAGUCUGAGAUGGAUUUCAAAAAGACUAAAAUGGAUUUGAAGGAAGUUGAACCACAUAGUUUUUCAAUCAAGGAAUUUUGACAUUUUCUGUGUGAGCGUGCCGUGACUCCAGGACCAGUCAAGAGUGAGAAAUGCUUUUAAAUCAAGGACGGUUGAGUCGUAUUGGUGAGUUGUAUUAUAAUGACCUCUAUACACCAUUGUAUUUCAUUUCAAGAAUCCUUUUUUUUUUGUGUAACGACUAUGUAUCAAUCUCACACCACAACCUGUGGCUUAGCCGGACACAACUGUGAGAACGGUGGUGCACAGACAUAAUCCAUAGUUCAUUCAUCUCUCUUCCUCUGCAGUACGUCCACCACUAUAUUUAUAUAUGGAUUGCUUGAGGUUGCAUAACUGUAAUUUGCAAUGCAGGUGUCGGAGGAAUAGCUAUAUUUUAUGUAUGCUCUCCAAAGGUACUAAGGGUACUAAAAAUAACAAGGAAAUUAGAUCCUCUGAGGAUUGCAAGCUAUUAUGUUUUGUUUGUUUUGUUUGUGGACCAACAUGCAUUAAUACAGUUAUAUACCUUCAGCCACCUUCCUCAUUCUUUAUUCAUUUUUUAGGCUAUUCUUUGCAGAUGAGGGUCUGCUUAAUUAUUGUCAAUUAAAACAACACAUAGAGAGCUCCUUAAGCAAAGAAAGCACCUUUUUAUUGCCCUUUUCUUUUUUGCUAAAAGAUGAAGUUUUAGGUUUAUAUGCCAUGCUAUAAGGAAUGCUUUUCUUUAAACAAGUAAAUUUGGUUACAAACCAUGUACAAAAUGACCCAUACGUGACAUCAGUGUUAACAUAUGUCUGCCCUGAAACUCUUAACUUGCAAAUAAUAACAUUAUGCACAUGCACAUUGGAACAGCAACAAUUCAUCAAGUUUCAUCCUCCAAAUGAUCGCCACAGUAAGAAGGCUCAAUGACCUCACCCUGCAUAAUAAUUAGCCAUGUGCUUCUUUUUGGGAGAGUGUGUGGCGUAUUUUUGGAGGCAUAGUCCUUUGGAGCAAUGGCCAUUUGUUUACGGGAUAACAGACUGUUGAACACACAAGCUUUUGGUCUACUAGCUCUAUUAGCAGCUAUUGUUUGUAGUUCUGUGGAGGUCUAUCGGCUGGUGACUGGAGCAACCUACCACAGUUACAGUACGACAACGGCAGCCUUCUGUAGUAUCAAUAGACCACUCUGACACUGUGAAGUGAGUGAUCUCUGCCUGCACAGUUAAGUAUGACGUAGAAAAAACAUGGAUGUGUGGGAAAAACACACGUAAAUUCUAAUGUAGUUGCUCUCAUAGUCAGUGAUAGGAUAGGAUAUAUAUCGAAUUUGGGACCAUGCAUGAAAGUGGCCCAGAUAUAAUUGGAAAACUACUGCUACUCUGAAAAAAUCAGAUCUGUGUCACAUGACAGCAAAAAAAUCAGCUCUGGGCCAUAUUUUCCUGUAAUGCGAACAUAGCCUUUGACACCCCAAAGUACACAAGCCAUGCUACAUUUAGGAUUUAAUCGUCCUCUGUGCUGGUGAGUCACCUUUUAUUCCUCACUGAGCUUUAGUGUUGCUGUCAAGGCUCUUCCCUACAGAAAUACUACAUUUUUGGGUUUAAAGUCUUAGCUCUCUUUUGUCCAACUCUGUCAGACAUGGUUUGUUGAAACCCAAACUAGCUCUUUGAUCUUUCUGCAAAAAAAGGGCUGUUUUUAAACCUCUUUCAUACUUCGGCUAACACCAAAUCACCAGAAUGUGCUCUUACUGUACGUUUCAUUCAGUCAGCUAAACCACUAAACCAAAAAUGAAAUCCCAAGCUAUCCUAUGUCCUCACUUUAUGUCAUGCUUAUAAAUCACUUUAAACUCACUUACUUUCUCUGGAAUACAGCAACAUCUGCAGUUUCCCAAUGCAGCAUGUAAGAAAACACACUGCAGGACAAUACCCGCAGUAAAUCAGAUGCAAUUGAUAGUCUAGUUUAAGUAAUGGCUGUCAGAGGUAUCCUCUACAGAUCUGACUACAGAAAAGAGACUGCCAUGUGUCUUUAUCUGCUCCUUCGGUUUAGUCAGAAAACUAGGUCAACAUCGUCACUCUCACACCACGUGAAUUUGUUUAUGCCAUUGGGGUAUUGUGUGGAACAGAAAUCUCGCCAAAGAGGUUUUGUCCCUCAAGGAUCAUAUUAUUUUAAGCUAGUAGACUCAUGCUGAAGUAACAAGGUGCUUUAAUUGCAUUGUUUUAGGACUUAAAGACUGUAGGGCUAAAUGGUACCGUGCCUCGAGUGUUAAAAUGUGCCUCAACUGUGGAUCAGUUUAAGCAAAAGAAGCCCAUGUUUGCCUCAGUGUUGUUGCCAACUUUUAUGUCAAGGUCCUAAAAAAAAGUGAACCAAAAAAGGGGUUGGGGUGGGAUAUGUAAACUGGACUAAUUCAGUUUGUCAAGAGGCUUUUUUAUUUCAGUUAUUGGUGGAUAGCUAUUUUGAGAGUAGCAUUCAAAACAUGAGCUAUGAACAGUGGAUGAUAGGUAUGUACAUUAACCUAUCAUCCAUAUCUGUUGGGCUUAAGAAUAUUUUACAAUGACAGCUACUUUUAAAAUUUGUCUCGUUUUACAUGUUUUUAUCAAGGUACAACACAUUUCUUUGGUUAUUUUUUCAACAUUUUCUACUUGUAUACAUUGUGUACUUUUUAUUAUCUUUGUAAGCUGUGCUUAUAUGACCUUUUUAGUUUGUCUGUUUUCCUUGGUGUCAAUGAACUGGCUUUCAUGUUGUAUUUGCUUUUUUUGGUAUGUUGCUUAUUUUGAGCUCUGAAGCAAACCUGCAGUAUGAGUACUUUCCAUCUUGUAAAGUUUACAUUGGCUUUGUAAUUGUUCUCUGUUGAUGUUAUUGUUUGUGUAACACUUAACUGCAUGACGCAGAGUGUAAUUAUAUGGCAUUAAUAGCUGCACCGGAAAUCUGUAAUCUUCUUGUUCCAUCCAGUUGUUAUCAUCGCCUCCCAUAAAACAAGAACUCAUACGGAAAGGAUUGUAUAAUACUACUAUGAUACCACUGUUGAAACAAUUGCAUAUACUUAAAACCAUAACAUUGUUUUAUUAUGAGGUGGCAAUUUUUUAAAUCUGACUGGCCCAUGCCUGUUUCUAUAGGCGUACAGUGCAUUUUUGUAAAAAAAAUUAAGGGCCUGAAAAGCUGCAAAAACGUUACCAACUGUAAGGUAUAUUUUGUCUUUUGUGGUAUGUUUUAAGCAACUCUGAUUUCCAUUUGUGUAUGGUAAUUAAAUUGGUGUUUCCUCAUUUACUUUUUUGGAAUAAAAAAGCAAUACAUGUAGCUCUAGUUGAACAGAA